UCCAAUUUUAACAGUCCCGUAUCUGGUCAACCGGUGCAACAUAGGAUACAGGGAUAUUACUUGCUGUUGGUCCAUCAAGCUGGUCUCCAUGGCCCAAUUUGGGGGGCAGAAGAACCCUCCGUGGGCGGCACAAUUUGCCGCAACAGCGGUAUCGCAACCUGGGCACUCAGGACAGUCUCUCGACCUGAACAGUUUACACUCUUUAGGUGUUCAGCAGCCAUCUCUCUUGGGUGCAUCUCCCUCUAUGUACUCUCAGCAGUCUGCUUUGGCUGCAGCUUCUCUCAACACCCAGUCAGCUGCCAACUACCAGAUCUCCCAGCAGACAGCAGCCCUUCAACAGCAAGCUGCGGCAGCUGCUGCAGCUGCUUUACAACAGUCUCAGAUCAAUUCAGCUCUUCAGCAGUACCAGCAGCAGCAACAGCAACCACAGCCUCCACCUCAGGCUCCCCCACCACAGCCGCCUCCUCAGCAGACCCUGUACAAUGUCCCUCAUCAGCUACCACAGCCCCAGCCUGCACUGCUGUCACAGCCUCCAGUUGCUUUGCCUACUAGUCUGAGUUUGUCGAACCCGCAACAGGCAGCCCAGAUCACUGUGUCAUACCCGACCCCUCGCUCCAGUCACCAACAGCAGACACAGCCUCAGAAACAACGUGUCUUCACUGGGGUCGUCAACAAGCUGCAUGACACAUUUGGUUUUGUGGAUGAAGAUGUGUUCUUCCAACUUAGUGCGGUAAAGGGAAAAACACCGCAAGUGGGUGAUCGUGUUCUAGUAGAGGCCGUCUAUAAUCCCAACAUGCCCUUCAAGUGGAAUGCUCAGCGCAUUCAGACUUUACCUCAGCUGCCCAACCAAACGCACCAGCCGCCCCAGCCCUUACCUCAGGUUUCCCCACAACUGUCCAGCUUUUACUCUGACGCAGGAGUGCAGCGCUACUCUGACAUACACUCUGCGCUGGACUCGAGACCAAAUAGUCAGCCUCCUGGGCCCAGCAUGAUGAAGCCAGGCCCUUCUAUGAUCCAGUCUCUACCUCCACCAACCACCUUCAGUGUGCCAGCCCAGGCUCCACCCCCAUCCCUGCUUCAGGCCCAGCUCUCUGCAGCCUCUCUGGCCCCACUGCUGCAGAACCCCCCACAGCCUCUGUUGCCUCAGCCACCCCCAAAAGAUUCUGUGUUUUCAGGGGGGUUGUUGCAGCCUCCGGUGCGGAUGAUGCCCCAGCCUCAGCCCGUCAGGCGCAUGGACCCUUCCCCUCGCUUCCCUAGCCGCAGUGACCGACCCGAGCUGAUCCUGAGGAAAGAUGACCGCAGUCGGGAGAGAGAGAGAGAGCGGAGAAGAUCAAGGGAGCGUUCUCCAACACGCAAGCGUUCAAGAGAUCGCUCACCACGAAGAGAUCGCUCUCCAAGACGCCCACGCAGAGUUGUUCCACGUUAUACUGUGCAGUUCUCCAAGUUCUCCCUUGAUGGGUGUAAUUGUGACAUGAUGGAGCUUCGACGGCGUUAUCAGAGCCUCUACAUCCCAAGUGACUUCUUUGAUGCUGUAUUUACGUGGGUGGAUGCCUUCCCCUUAUCGCGACCUUUUACUUUUGGAAACUACUGUAACUUCCACAUCAUGCAUAAAGAGGUGGACUCUUUAGUGAAGAAUACCGCUGUACUGGACCCUCCUGAUGCCAACCACACCUACAGUGCUAAGGUGAUGCUGCUUGCCAACCCCAGUCUGGAUGAACUGUAUCACAAAUCUUGUGCUCUUGCGGAGGAUCCUCAGGAGCUGAGAGACUCUUUCCAGCACCCGGCCCGCCUCAUUAAGUUCCUGGUUGGUAUGAGGGGCAAAGAUGAGGCCAUGGCCAUUGGUGGCCAUUGGUCUCCCUCCCUGGAUGGAGCAGAUCCAGAAAAUGAUGCUUCAGUCCUUAUAAAGACAGCAAUACGUUGUUGUAAGGCUCUGACAGGCAUUGAUCUGAGUUUAUGUACCCAGUGGUAUCGUUUUGCAGAGAUUCGCUAUCACCGCCCUGAGGAGACUCACAAAGGGCGGACAGUUCCCGCACAUGUGGAGACAGUGGUUUUAUUUCUCCCGGAUGUUUGGCAUUGUCUUCCUACCCGCUCAGAGUGGGAAGGGCUGUCCCGCGGACUCAAGGAGCAGCUGGCAGAGAAACUCUUGGCUGAACGGAAGGAGGCUGAUGGAGAACAGGAGGAAGAGGAGAAAGAUGAGGACGAUUUAAAAGAAGUUACAACACCCACUCACUGGUCUAAGCUUGAUCCGAAGUCCAUGAAGGUGAAUGACCUGCGCAAAGAGCUUGAGAGCCGAUCUUUGAGCUCCAAAGGGCUGAAGUCGCAGCUAAUAGCUCGGCUCACCAAACAGCUGAAGGUGGAGGAGCAGGUGGAAGAGUCCAAAGAACCAGAGAAGACAGAGGCUGCUUGCGUGGAGGAGGAGGAGCCAUGCAGGACGGAGGAAGACCGAGAGGAGGAGGAGCGUAAACGCCAGGAGGAGCUGGAGCGGCAGCGUAGGGAAAGGCGUUAUGUCCUCCCUGAUGAACCCACCAUCAUCGUCCACCCAAACUGGGCAGCCAAGAAUGGAAAGUUUGAUUGCAGCAUCAUGUCUCUAAGUGUGCUGCUGGACUACAGGCUGGAGGACAAUAAGGAGCAUUCCUUUGAGGUCUCCUUGUUUGCCGAGCUUUUCAAUGAGAUGCUUCAACGAGAUUUUGGAUACAGGAUCUACAAAGCUCUUGCAGCUCUUCCAAGCAAGGAUGACAAAAAAGAAAAGAAAGAAAAGGCCAAGAAAGAAGUGGAGAGGAAAGAGGUGGAAAGGAGGGAUGUGAAAAAGGAUAAAGAUGAGGAGAAUGGUGAGCCUGCCACAAAGAGACAGAGAGAGGAGGAUGAGAAGAGACGGGAUGAAGACAAGGAGAGGGUUCUGAGGAAAGAGGAGUCCAAAGAUGAAGAUGACAAUGAAGAUGAAAGCAGCAAUAACAAUGCUGAUGAAUAUGAUCCACUGGAGGCUGAGGAUGCAGAUGACUAUGAUGAUGAUGAUAAAGAUGAUGAAGACUCCAAUGGGAGGGACAGGAGAGAUGACCGUCGAGAUGACAGAAAAUCAAAAGAUAGGUCGUCUAAAGAUAAAGAUGAGAAAAAGAAGCAGAUGGUGACAUUUGACAAAGAUCUUCUGAUGGCUUUUGUGUACUUUGAUCAAAGUCACUGUGGUUACCUAUUAGAAAAAGACCUGGAAGAGAUCAUGUACACACUAGGCCUGCAUCUAUCCCGAGCUCAGGUGAAGAAACUUUUGAACAAGCCAGUUGUGAGGGACAGCUGCUACUAUCGUAAGUUAACUGACAGACCCAAAGAUGAGCCCAGUCCAGCAGGGACUUCUGAUGCUCAACUAGAAAACCUACUGGGCAACAGGCCUCUGCUACCCAAUCAGAAGUCAAAGCGAGAGGCAGAGGACAGCAGCGAGUCGGGCAGUCUUAUCGUUUAUAAUGGUGCUAUGGUGGAUGUGGGCAGCAUGCUGCAGAAACUGGACAAGAGUGAGAAAGCCAGAGAGGAGAUAGAGCAGAAGCUUAUGCAGCAGGACACUAAAAUUGAUGAAGAUGCUAAGCAUAUAUCGGAGCUGGAUGACUCUAACCGCGGUCUGAUGAAAGAGCUGGAGCAAGUGAAGGCCAGUCUGAGGGAGACUGAGAAGAGCCUGAGGGUUUCUGAGCAGCAGAGGGGCAGUUACCAGCAGCAGCUCCACAACACCCUCUCCAGCCUCAGCACAGUCAUGAAAGAGUUACAAAGUGUCCUGCCUAAUGAUGAUCAUCCUGAAGACAGUGACCAGCACACUCAAGCUAAUGGCUCAGAUGACUGAACUGCCUUUUGCUUCUGUCCAUGACUUAUUCUUCCCUUUUGAUCUGUAAAUAGGCACUAAACCCAAGCAAACUUUUUAGAUACCCCUCCCCCAUUUUGUUGUUGCCAUGUACAGAAUUUUAAUGACUGAGGAGUUCAUUGUAACUUAAUUUUCCUCUUCAUAAUUCUUCGACCUAAAAUAAUCCCCCCCCCCAACAUUUUACAGCUAAAUUAUCUCCAGUACAGUAAAAAUCUAAUUCAUGUGAUUAUUAAAAAAAUCUUGUUUUAAAAGUACCAUUUCUUCUGAAGAAACCUCUUCCCUUUCUUCCAAUUCCAGUAAUUUUAGUGUUUUUCAGUUUGUUUUGCCGUGCCCAUCUGUCAACAUUCUACAUAAUUUGGGCUAGUAUGCUUGCGUUUAAUUAGCAAUAAUGAUGUUAUUUAUGUCUAAAGUGAGUAGAGCUAAAAGGUUCUUCACAUCAGGCUCUGGACAGAGCUGUAUAAAAGCAUGCAGAACCAGGCUAUGGGUGAAAAGCUUUUUGUUCUACUGAUGUUACAGAUUGGUAGUCACAUUCUGUGUUUAAUAUCUUUGUCAACACUUUGCUAACUUGCUGCUAUCCUGUUUCUUGAUAUGCAUCUGAAGUAAUGCACGCAGAUUCGCUUAACCCUCACAGUUUUGAGUUUGUUUGUUCAGUGGGUCUUAAUUAAUCCUAUGAGGAUGGCAUUCUUUGUCAGUUGAAGGGAGAUGGAGGUGCAGAAGCUCAGCUAUUGUUUUGAUAGCGCAGUUAUCAGUGACUGGAGUCUGGUACACUCUGCGAAAGGAUCCUACCUACUUUGCAGAAUAUUGCAGAAUAGUAUUUCAUGAGAAUGUGAUGACCUGUAAUUAAAACUGUUGAGGUGGGGUUUUUUUGGGGGUUUUUUUUCCUUUUCUCCCCUAAUCUUUUCUUUGGUCAGUGACCUGAAGUUGGGGCUGGCUACAAUGGGUGGUUUAUGCUGAAUGGAAAAGAGCCAAACUUAGUAACAAUGAGCCCAAAGCAACCAAGUGCAUAUUAUUUUUCUAUUCAAGAAGUACUAUUAUGGUUGUCUUGUGUUAAAUAAAAGUGGUUCAUUUUAACAUUUCA